AUGGCAGAGACGCUGACAUCGGCGCUGGCAGAGUUAAGCCUAAACUCGCAGAACCUUAGCGGACCGGCUUUUGACGCAAGGCUGGUCGAAGAAGAGGAUGGUGUCUACAAGGACUUCAAACCUCGGCAAAAGGCCCGGCAGGAUGCUGCUGACCUUAAGCAGGAGCUGGAGCAGGAGUUUUUGACCCCUUCAUCCACGUUUAGUCCUGAAUGGCUGAACCGUUUGCAAAGGAAAUGGGAUGUCCCGACGGAUUACACUGACCUAUUCGAGGUCGCUGGUACGCAAACACGUACUAUCGUCCGGUUUGAUCGGGACGGCCUGGAAGGACGUGUUACUGGCUACCACGAAGUAACCGUUCCCGCCACUAGUGCAAAUGCCAAAAAUUCAACGUCCCUGCUUCGCCGGCCAGCUGGCCGUGCGGACUUUGUUAGAGGCGCCGCUGGCUUCUUUCCAUUCGCUCCGGGUGGGCUGGACGGUGUCGAAGCAAUUGCUGAGAUGGAAUCCGAAGCCCAGACGCCAGAGCACUCUAGAGCCAGCGGCAAGCAAUCGGGCCUCGAUCGGAUCAUUAACUUUGGUGCUGAAGGUGGUCUAUUAGAGAUUGCCCCUGGCUUCUCCCGGGGAUUGAAGUUUGAGGAAGCAAAGACUAAAGAGGCCGCAGAAGGGGACGAAGAAGUGGAGCACGCGCUUCAGCAGGAAGAGACCGAUCUACAUGUUGAGCAAGAGGAGACAGCGUCAGAUGCCGGAGGUGUCAAGAUCGAUGAUGAGGCGGAGCUCAGCGAUGAGGAAGAUAUUGACUCUUUGCUGCCUGUCGAAUUCCCAGCGCUGGAGCCCCACGCGCCGCUGCUCGCAGGCAUGCAGCAACGGAAAGCCGGUAAAGAGUGGGCUCAUGUCGUCGAUGUCAACAAAGAAAUCCCGAACUUCCGCGAUCUGGUUCCCGACAUGGCUCGGGAGUGGCCGUUUGAACUGGACACUUUCCAAAAGGAGGCUGUUUAUCAUCUUGAAUGUGGCGACUCCGUAUUCGUUGCUGCUCAUACGUCAGCUGGUAAAACUGUCGUCGCCGAAUAUGCCAUUUCUCUAGCCGCGAAGCAUAUGACGAAGGCCAUUUAUACGUCACCCAUCAAGGCAUUGAGUAACCAGAAGUUUAGAGAUUUUAGAACCGAGUUCGAUGAUGUUGGCAUCUUGACCGGUGAUGUCCAGAUUAACCCAGAAGCAAGCUGCCUUAUCAUGACGACCGAAAUCUUACGAAGCAUGCUAUACAGAGGCGCCGAUUUAAUUAGAGACGUGGAGUUUGUGAUUUUCGAUGAAGUGCAUUAUGUUAACGACCUUGAAAGAGGUGUUGUUUGGGAAGAGGUCAUCAUUAUGCUUCCCGAACAUGUUACUCUGAUCCUCCUGUCUGCUACCGUUCCUAACACUUAUGAAUUUGCAUCCUGGGUUGGUCGCACAAAGAAGAAGGACAUCUACGUUAUCUCAACCGCGAAGAGACCUGUUCCCCUCGAGCAUUAUCUCUGGGCCGGCAAAGGGAAGUACAAGAUCGUCGAUUCCAACAAGCGAUUCCUUGAGAACGGCUGGAAAGAAGCCGAUGAGAUCAUCUCCGGAAGAGACAAAGUCAAGGCCCAGAAAGCGGCCGAGGCUCAAGCUCAAUCUCAAGCGAGCAGAGGAGGUGCUCCCCAGGGACGAGGACGUGGACAAGCCGGUGGAAGAGGUGGUGCUCGCGGCAAUGGACAACGUGGAGGAGCCCCUCGUGGCCGGGGGCAGCCUGCAAAUAGAGGCACUGGAAACAUUGCCCGUACAGGAAGAGGUGGUGGACGGACCACAGCCGCGCAGGACAAGACCGUUUGGGUGCAGCUCGUUGGGCACCUUCGCAAAGAGAAUCUGCUGCCUGGUUGUAUCUUUGUCUUCUCCAAAAAGCGCUGUGAACAGAAUGCCGACUCGCUGUCCAACCAAGACUUUUCCACUGCUUCCGAGAAGAGCUUGAUUCAUAUGUUCAUCGAAAAGUCCCUCACAAGACUUAAACCAGAGGAUCGGACCCUUCCACAAAUUCUUCGUCUUCGCGAAUUGUUGAGCCGAGGAAUCGCUGUUCACCAUGGUGGUCUUCUGCCGAUCAUGAAAGAGAUUGUCGAGAUUCUGUUCGCUAAAUCGUUGGUUAAGGUCCUUUUCGCUACCGAGACAUUUGCGAUGGGGCUCAACCUGCCAACCCGAACGGUUGUGUUCUCCGGAUUCCGCAAGCAUGAUGGCAAAGGCUUCCGAGAUUUGCUACCUGGAGAGUACACUCAAAUGGCUGGACGUGCUGGACGUAGAGGACUUGACAAUGUGGGAUACGUCAUUAUCGUCAAUGCAGGUCGAGAUAAAGCUCCUCCAGCCGGCGCUUUGAGAAAGAUGAUCCUUGGUGAUCCGACCAAACUGCGGUCUCAGUUCAGGCUUACAUACAACAUGAUCUUGAACCUCUUGCGUGUGGAGGCCCUUAAGAUUGAAGAAAUGAUCAAGCGAAGUUUCAGUGAGAAUGCUACCCAGGCUUUGCUCCCGGAGCACGAAAAGCAGGUGCAGCUUUCGGAGGCCAGCUUGGCGAAAAUCAAACGAGAGCCUUGUGACAUAUGUGACAUUGACCUUGCGGCAUGCCAUGCCGCAGCUAUUGAAUAUGAGAAACUCACAAGUGAGCUCCACGUGGGACUAGUUUCAUCCCCCGUUGGCAAACGCCUCUUUGUGCCGAAGCGAUUAAUUGUGUACAGAAAGGAGGGUUUCCGAACCGCAGGUGUCAUUGUUCGCGAAGGUGUUAGCGGAGGUCAGACACCUAGCAUUCAAGUCCUCGAGAUCGGAAGACUCGGACACAAGCGCCAUCCUAGCGAUAUUCUUCCCUUCCUCCCGAUGUUCAAGCAUUUGUUACAGACUUUGCCUACCCGUGCUGCCGAUAUGGCACUAAAAUCGUACAAGGUGCCCCUGUUGGACCUUGAGUGCGUCACAAAUACGCUAGUUAAGCUUGGUGGUCCCACAUGGUACCUCAACAUCAAGAAGGAGGCGAGCAAAUUCGCAGAUAAGGAGCUCACCAAGCACUGCGCUUCGUGGACGAGUCCAGUCUGGGAUGAAAUAGACUGGGCUCGAAUCAAGGAAUUACAGGUCAGGGAUAUUUUAGAGAAGCGGCAACAGCAGGCCUCCAUUGCGCAAGGGUGCAAGUGUUUGCAGUGUCCCAGCUUCCUGAAACAUUUCGAAAUGCAACACGACGAAUGGCAGGUUAAAGAGAAUAUUUCUCAAUUAAAACAGCUCAUGUCUGAUCAGAACCUUGCUCUGCUGCCUGAUUAUGAGCAGCGUAUCCAGGUGCUGAAGGAGCUGGGCUUCGUGGACGAGCAGUCUCGCGUGCAGCUGAAAGGAAAGGUAGCAUGUGAGAUUCACUCCGCCGAUGAGCUUGUUCUGACCGAGUUGAUCCUCGAGAACGUUCUGGCUGAAUAUGAGCCCGAGGAGAUCGUUGCACUGCUAUCCGCCUUUGUCUUCCAAGAGAAGACAGAAAACGUUCCCACAUUGACUCCUCGUCUUGAGAAAGGCAAGGAAGCCAUUGUGAGGAUCUCCGACCGCGUGAAUGAUUUCCAGAUUCAGCACCAGGUAAUCCAAACCAGCGAAGAUAGUAACGAUUUCGCUAGUCAGCCACGGUUUGGUCUGGCCGAGGUUGUCUACGAAUGGGCGAAGGGAAUGUCGUUCAACCGCAUCACCGACCUUACUGAUGUGAUGGAAGGCACUAUUAUGGAUGUUGCCGCUUUACGAGACCGCAUACAGUCUACUCUCGACGUCAAUGCGGACAAUCGACGCCAAGCUGAAUUGGAUCUGAAAUAUGCCGAGACGCAACCCGGAUUUAUAAAUGCGCUCUUGGAUAUUUUGCAGGGGGAACAGAACAAUGCCGUUCAACUGUCGGCCGGUGUUUACCUGAAGAACCGCAUUAAUCGUGGUUGGUCCCCUGUCGAAGAAAGUCCGUUGCGCACACCGAUUCCCGAGGAGGAGAAACCGGGGUUCCGUGAGAGGCUGAUUCCCGCCCUGGCAUCCACGCCGCCGAAUGUUCGGGCUCAACUGGUUCCUCUUCUUCAAAAAAUCCUUCAGCAUGAUUUCCCCGAGCAGUGGCCGGGUUUCCUGGACAUCACCCUUCAGCUGCUAGGCACCAACGACGCAAACUCCGUCUACGCCGGUUUGCAGUGCCUGUUGGCCAUCUGCCGUGUAUACCGAUUCAAGGCCGGAGAGAAGAGGGAGGAAUUCGACAAGAUCGUCGAGCAUUCGUUCCCUCAGCUGUUGAGCAUCGGUCUGAAGCUCGUUGACGAGGAGAGUCUGGAGGCGGCGGAAAUGCUCCGGAUCGUGGUCAAAUCCUACAAGCAUGCUAUCUACUUCGAACUCUCGCCGCAUCUUCAAACACAACAAGCGACGGUGGAUUGGUGCACGCUCUUCCUGCGUAUCAUCGCUAAGGAGCCUCCCGCCAGCGCCAUGAACGAGUCGAAGGAGGAGAGAGAGCUCAACCACUGGUGGAAGUGCAAGAAGUGGUCGUACGCGAACCUGAACCGUCUCUUCAUCAGGUACGGAAACCCUACGACGAUGAGCAAGUCGAGCACUCCCGACUACACCCAGUACGGCAAGGCUUUCAUCACCACUUUCGCCCCCGAAAUUCUCAAGGGAUACCUGCAGGAAAUCGACAAGUGGGUGUCCAAGGGACAGUGGCUCAGCAACCCCGCGCUUGCUUACACCAUGAUUUUCCUCGAGGAGUGUGUCAAGCCGAAGGCUAUGUGGGAGCACCUCAAGCCUCACAUGGACAACUUGAUCGCUCACUUCAUCUUCCCCAUCCUGUGCCAAUCCGAUGAGGACAUUGAAUUGUUCGAGACCGACCCCUCCGAGUACCUUCACCGGAAGUUGAACUUCUACGAGGAAGUCUCGGCCCCCGACGUUGCUGCUACGAACUUCCUGGUGGCCCUCACCAAGAACCGCAAGAAGCAGACCUUCUCCAUCCUUACAUUCGUCAACAGCGUCGUCAGCAAGUACGAGUCUGCUCCCGAUGACCAGAAGCUGCCCAGAGAGAAGGAAGGUGCCCUGCGCAUGAUUGGUUCUCUGGCUUCUGUCAUCCUUGGCAAGAAGAGUCCCAUCGCGGACCAGGUGGAAUAUUUCUUCGUCCGCCAUGUUUUCCCCGAGUUCCGCAGUCCCCACGGUUUCCUCAGGGCUCGUGCCUGUGACACUCUGGAGAAGUUCGAAGCUCUUGACUUCCAGGAUCCCAACAACCUGAUGAUCAUCUACCGUAACAUCCUUGAGUCCAUGACGGACUCCGAACUGCCUGUCAGAGUUGAAGCCGCGCUCGCUCUGCAGCCCCUCAUUCGCCACGAUAUCAUCAGGACUUCCAUGCAGCAGAACAUCCCCCAAAUCAUGCAGCAGCUGCUCAAGCUCGCGAACGAGGUUGACGUGGAUGCUCUGGCCAAUGUCAUGGAGGACUUUGUUGAGGUCUUCUCCGCCGAACUCACUCCGUUCGCUGUGGCACUCAGCGAGCAGCUUCGUGACACCUACAUGCGUAUCGUCGGCGAGCUCUUGGAGCGCAAUGCGGCCAAGGGUGACGAGGAUGCGUACGGCGAUUUCUUGGAUGACAAGAGCAUCACCGCUCUGGGUGUCUUGCAAACGAUCGGAACCCUGAUCCUGACCCUGGAGAGCACGCCCGAUGUCCUUCUUCACCUCGAGACGAUCCUCAUGCCUGUUAUCAGCAUCACUCUUGAGAACAAGCUCUAUGACCUCUACAAUGAGGUCUUUGAGAUCAUUGACAGCUGCACUUUCGCAUCCAAGUCCAUUUCUCCCACGAUGUGGCAGGCCUUUGAGCUCAUCCACAAGACCUUUAAGGCUGGCGCUGAGCUGUACCUGGAAGACAUGCUUCCCGCCCUGGACAACUAUGUUGCCUACGGCUCGCAAACAAUGGUUCAGACUCCCGCUUACCUCGCCGCUGUUGUUAGCAUGGUUGAGGACAUCUUCCAAGAUGAGAAGGUCGGCGGUGUCGAUCGGAUAUGCGGUUGCAAACUCGCGGAGACGCUGAUGCUGAACCUCCGCGGUGGUAUCGAUCAAUACAUCCCCGUGUUCAUUGAGCUGGCGAUGCGCGUCAUCGACGCCGGCGAGGCCCGGACGAAGUCUUACCGCAUCCACUUGAUGGAGAUGGUCAUCAACGCCAUUUACUACAACCCUGUUCUCAGUCUCCAGGUUCUGGAAGCCAAGGGCUGGACGAAUAAGUUCUUCAGCACUUGGUUCUCCAACAUCGACAACUUCCGCCGAGUCCACGACAAGAAGCUGUCGAUUGCUGCGAUCAGCUCUUUGCUGACAUUGAAUGUCAAUGAUGUCCCGGCUAGCGUGCAGCAGGGUUGGCCCAGGUUGCUUCAGGGAGUGACCAGACUUUUCCAGACCCUGCCGGCGGCCAUCAAGCAUCGUGAAGAUGCCACCAAGGAGUCUGACUUCACCUUCGACGAGGAAGAUGACGAAGGUGAUGAGGAGAACGACUGGGAUGGCGAGGUCGAGUGGACCGAGCAGGACGAGGCUGAGGCGCUCUUGGAGGGCGAUGUCCCCGAUGACAGUGCCGCUUACCUCGACUUCCUGAACAAGGAGGCCCAGAAGUUCGGAUCUUUUGCCGAUGAUGACGAAGAUGACCUUGAUGAGGAGAGCCUGCUGGAGACCCCUCUGGACAAGGUUGAGCCUUACGGCAUGUUCAAGCACGUUCUCAUGAGUCUCCAGCAAGAACAACCUCAGCUCUACGAAAACCUUGCGAAGAUCCUGAGCCCAGAGGAACAGCAAGUCCUUCAGUCCGUGUUCCACGAGGCUGAAGCCAAGGCUUUGGCGGCGGCCAACGCCGAGGCUGCUGCUGCCCAGACCAACGGGAACUAG